AUGGCCGAUCCUUUACCAAAGCUGGCCCCUUGUGCGGACCAGGCCAAUGCAUGCGACAUGGUGCUGGAAAUGGACUUGUCUACUUCUGCCGGUAUGGUGCUAUCUUCCUACAAACUAUCCAAUGAGGUUUCGCCAAUCAUUUUUUCCACCAAUACAGUUUUCCCUGAGCCGAACGACGAUCCAACCAACGGGGAGUCUGUCAAGUCGGACCAACAUCUGAUCAACACGAAGGCUUUCGAGUCAAUCUCUCGUCCCAUCAGCGCGGAGUUCUCCGAGGCGGAUCCUCGCCCCAUCGAACCGGAGCUUGUCAAGUCGGACCCUCAUUCCAUCAACGAAGAGCCCUCUAAGCUGGAAAAACACACCACCAACGCGGAGUCCGUCGAAGGUCACUCUCAUCCAAUCACAUCGAAGACUAUCGAGUCGACCCCCCAGCCUAGCAAUGCGGAGUCUCUCACACUGAAACAACAUGGGCUUCGAUGGGAAGAGGGUCUAUUCGGGUAUGAACCUCGUUGGUCCGUCGAACCUGAUAUCGAAGACAUCAAAGCAACCAUACAGGAAAUCUACCCCUCAAGCACAGUUGAAGUGGAAUUUCUUGCACAGGGUGCUUUCAACAAAGUUUACAACGCCACGGUUGAUGGAAAAGAGCUCAUUAUGCGGCUUUCAUUGCCCAUAGAUCCGCAUUUCAAGGUUCUGAGUGAAGUGGCGACGAUGAACUUUGUACGCCGCGUCACAAAGCUUCCAGUCCCUGAAGUUAUCAAAUAUGAUUCUUCUGCAGAGAACCGGAUUGGAUUCGAGUGGAUCCUCAUGACCAAGAUGCCUGGAAGGCCUUUCGCUGAUGUUUGGCCCUCCCUUCCCUUCGAGGCGAAAGCGAAAAUGGUCCGCCAACUUGCUGAGGCUGCGUCUGAUCUCUUUGAGCACCAGUUUGAAGGAAUUGGAAAUCUCUACGAGGAAUCAGAUGUGAAGGAGAAUCCAAACUUGCCCUUCAACCUUUUACGAACUCAAGAUCCAAACAAAGCUCAAGAUCCAAACAAAACCCAACGUCUCGCCAUGAUGGAGAGCGCUUUCCUCGAUGGAAGCUCUGAUUUUCCUUCUGUCGACAAUUUGCGUCCAGUUGUACCCGCGAUAGGUCGAGCUGUUUCUAUGCAACUGGCCUGGAGAUCACGCCUCGAGCAAAAAGUCCCACGAGGCCCAUUCCUUUUAGGCAACAACUGGGUUGCAGCUCGCCUUGCAAUUAUGAACCAUGAAAAUCAGUCGAUCCUGGAUCACGUUAUCACUGGAGAUCCCAGCGAAGAGGAGCAAGAGACGAAAGAAGAUUCCGAGAGAACCCUCAACAUAGUUCAAAACCUUAAUGGUCUUCUUCCUCGUUUCUUCCCAAUGGCCGGUGGCCAUGAAAAGUUAGAGCCAUCAAGCGUUUUCCACGAUAAUAUUUCGGAGUCAAACCUUCUCGUUAGCGACGAUGGUGAGCUGACAGGGGUCAUAGACUGGGAGUUUGUCUCAGCGGUGCCUCUAUGGAAAGCAUGCAGCUACCCUGAGUUUCUCGAGAGCCCAUCGGUAGCCUCAAAGCCCAGCACAGAACACUUCCGCCCCGGGGAGAUCCCAGAGACAUUUCAAUCUUACCUUUACGAUUUGUGGAAUUACGAGGCCACUCUCUUGCGCGAAGUUUUCACCAAGGAAAUGAAAUGGCGGAGUGGCAGAUGGAUUCGGAUCUUUGACCAGAGCCAGCACCUGAGAGACCUUGAUUUGGCUGUGGGAACCUGUGACCAUCCGCUUUUUGUCCGUCAUAUCAAACCCUGGAUCAAAGACCUCAUACUUGAGAAGGCCGACAUGCUCGGCCUGAAAGAAAGGGGAGAUCGAGAGGAUCUGGGUUUCGUGGGUGGGGACUAA